AUGGGGAGCGUGCGAAGCCACCGCUACAGCAUCGUGUCCUCCGAAGAGGACGGCGUGAAGCUGGCCAACAUGGCCGUGCCCAACGGCUACGGCAACGGCGAAGUCAAUAAGACGGAUCAGCAACGCCAGAGCCGUUUCGUGCGCAAGGACGGCCACUGCAACGUGCACUUUAUCAAUAUGAGCGAAAAGGGCCAGCGCUACUUGGCGGAUAUCUUCACCACUUGUGUGGACAUCCGCUGGCGUUGGAUGCUGCUCAUCUUCUGCCUUUCCUUCCUACUCUCCUGGCUCCUGUUCGGCCUGGUCUUCUGGCUAGUGGCGCUCUCCUACGGCGACCUAGAGGCCGAGACGCAACUGUGCGUCUCCAACGUGGACAGCUUCACCGCCGCCUUCCUGUUCUCCGUGGAAACCCAGACCACCAUCGGCUACGGCUACCGCUACGUGACCGAGGACUGCCCCGUCGCAGUCUUCAUGGUGGUCUUCCAAAGCAUCGUGGGAUGCAUCAUCGACGCUUUCAUUAUCGGUGCGGUCAUGGCUAAAAUGGCCAAGCCGAAAAAACGCAACGAAACCUUAGUGUUCAGCCACUACGCCACCGUGGCGGUGAGGGACGGCAAGCUGUGUCUCAUGUGGCGCGUGGGGAACCUGCGCAAGAGCCACUUGGUUGAAGCCCACGUCAGAGCGCAGCUCCUCAAGUCCCGGACGACGGCGGAGGGCGAGUUCAUCCCUCUGGACCAGGUCGACAUCGACGUGGGUUUCGACAGCGGCAUAGACCGAAUCUUCCUGGUGUCCCCCAUCACCAUCGUUCACGAGAUCGACGAAGACAGCCCCUUCUACGAGAUGAACAAGCGGGAGCUGGAGACAUCAGAGUUUGAGAUCGUAGUCAUCCUGGAGGGCAUGGUGGAGGCCACGGCCAUGACCACACAGUGCCGCAGCUCCUACGUGGCCAGCGAGAUCCUCUGGGGCCACCGUUUCGAACCGGUGCUCUUCGAAGACAAGAACUUCUACAAAGUGGACUACUCGCGCUUCGACAAUACCUACGAGGUGUCCGGCACGCCGCAUUGCAGCGCCCGAGAGCUGGCGGAGAAGACGUCCGAAGCCUCCAGCCCUCGCCCCAGGAACUCUUUUUGUUACGAGAACGAGGUGGCUUUGGAGAAGAUCGAGAUGGAGGAGGAUUUUGAUGAGGCGGACGAGAACGACGCCGUGCCCGACUCAGAGGAUAGGCCAAUCCGUGACGGCGGCAUGGACUCAAAUUCUGACUUUGAACACAAACUGGACUCUUUGCCUUUAGAAUCCAGACCUUUGACUGCCGAAUCGGAACUAUAA